AGGUAAUUUCUUUGAAAAGAUUAUGCAUCUCUAGGAUUAAAAUAUUCAUCCAAGAAGCUGACAAUGGCGGAAUAAGCAGGGAACUUUGCAGGAAUAAAACUCUUGAGAAAGCGAUUGAUUGUUACCCGCUACUCUUUUGAUCAAAAUCCUAAUAUAAGUAUCACAUUUCUCAUCAUCAAAAUUCAACCACAGACUCUCUCUCUCUCUCUUUUUCCCCUGAGAUCUCCUUUUUUUAUCUGAAAAGGAUCAAGAUCAUAAUGGGUUCUCAGUUUUUCCAGCCUUCAUGGCCAUUCCACAGAAUCAUAAACUCAAAUCUUGAUGUUGAUGAGGUUGAGUGCUUUGAUAAACUCAAAUCUUCUUCAUUUUCCACCCCAGAGGGUUGUUUUUCUACCAUGUUCCAAACUCAAAUUUCUCAAUCUCCUUCUGGUGAUGAUCACAUGCAAACCAUGUUAACACUGGAGGAUUUUUUGAAUGACCCCAAUUUUUAUAGAGAUAUGGAGUUUGUACUGAGCGAUAGUGAAGGAAGUUUUCCUUCACAGGAGGCGUCUAAUGAAGGAAGUGGGUGGAGUCCAAGCCCUUCAAUCAAGUCCAAUGAAGCAUCAUCAUCCUCAUUGACCUUGCCAAGGAAAGAAUCAGAGCUCAAUAGCCAAUUGAGUGUCCUCCAUCUCCUCAAGGCUUAUGGGGAAGCCAUGGAAGAGGGACAGGGUCAUCUUGCCGAUGUGAUUAUGAGAUGUAUGAGCGAGAAAGUUAGCUUGGCUGGUGAACCCUUAUUGCGUCUGGCAUUCAACUUGUCGCAGGAUCUCGAGAAGCAUGGGGAUUAUCUAAAACAAGAAUCUUCCAAGAACUUUGAGGAGGCUUUCAGGGCAUUCUACCAAAUAUUCCCAUAUGGGAGAUUUGCUCACUUUGCUGCUAAUUCAACAAUUCUUGAAGCUGUGCCUGCAGAUACUGAGAGGAUACACAUAGUGGAUUUCGACAUGGGGGAAGGUGUUCAGUGGCCUCCAAUGCUUGAGGCCUUGGCAAGGCUACAGAAGGGAGUGAAAUUGACAGCGGUGAAAUGGGAAAAUACGGAUUGCGAUCGAGAUCCUUUGAUGUGGAGCUUCGAAGAGGCAAAAAGGAGACUACUUGAUCAUGCAAGAAGGUUUGGUCUAAAGUUGAAGAUGGAAGAGAUGGCAAUUGAGGAUUUAGUGAGUGAGAUCAAUAGAAGAAAGAAAAGAGGUGGUAGAAAAGAAUGGUUAGCCUUUAAUUGCAUGGUGGGACUUCCACAUAUGGGCAGAGUAAGGAGCAGAAAAGUGGUGGAAGAAUUUCUAAGAGUAGCUAGAGAAUCUAAGGCGAAUUCUGUCAAUAGGGGUAUCAUAAUUCUUGGAGAUGGAGAUUGUGGGGAAAAUUUGAGCAAUAGCUCAAGUUUUGGCUCCUUUUUUGAAGGGAACAUGGCGCAUUACCUAACCCUUCUCGAGUCAAUAGAGUCAGAUUUCCCAGUGAAUCUUGCAGAGGCUAGAAUGGCCUUGGAAUGUCUCUUUGUGGCCCCUUACAUUUCUUCAGAGGUUUGGUUGGAGAAGUGGAUGGAUAUAAAGGAAUGCUGCAAAGUUGAGAUGGGAAGUAGCCUGGAAGGGUGGAGCAUAAGCAGAGAAUGCACCGAAGAAGCUAGAGAACUAGUAAAAGGAAAUGAAAGCUUUUAUGGGUUGAGAACUGGAGGACAGUUGAACAAUGAGAUGAUUUUGGAGUGGAAAGGAAAAUCAUUAGUGAGAGUUUCUGCAUGGAAAAAUUAGCUGAAAUAUUCUUUCAUCUUCAAGUAAAUAUUGUAAAUUGUGUAAUUAUAGUUUCAUUUGUUGUAAAUUGUACAAGGUUAACUGUGCACAGAAAGAGCAGUAGACGGUGAUAACAAUAGAAGACAUUGUAAUUUUGUCUAGCAACGAUUGGAAUACCAAUUUAUCUCAAAAUCCCAAAAAUUCAAUGCAAAGAAUCCAUAUCAUCAUAUGGAUAACUUGGCAUAAA